UGCCAGCGACCGGGGCGGUGACGCGGUACUGGCUGCACGAAUAUAGAGGCGCCCGGGGGCCGCAGAUACAGAGCUCCGCGGCCACCUCAUCCAGUCUCCAGAGACAGAGCCACAGCGGUCCGUCGACACCCGCCCAUCAGCAGCUACCAGCAGCGCCACCACCAUGCGGGAAAUCGUGCACCUGCAAGCCGGGCAAUGCGGCAACCAGAUUGGGGCCAAGUUCUGGGAAGUUAUCAGCGACGAACACGGCAUUGACCCCACCGGGACCUACCAUGGAGACAGUGACCUCCAGCUGGAGAGAAUCAACGUCUACUACAAUGAGGCCACAGGUGGAAAUUAUGUCCCCAGAGCCGUGCUGGUUGACCUGGAACCAGGCACCAUGGACUCCGUCCGCUCCGGCCCUUUUGGCCAGAUCUUCCGGCCAGACAACUUUGUAUUUGGUCAAUCAGGAGCUGGCAACAACUGGGCCAAGGGUCACUACACCGAGGGCGCGGAGUUAGUGGAUGCCGUCCUGGACGUGGUGCGUAAAGAGGCUGAAAGCUGCGACUGUCUUCAGGGCUUCCAGUUGACCCACUCGCUGGGCGGUGGCACCGGCUCUGGCAUGGGGACCCUGCUCAUCAGCAAGAUCCGGGAGGAGUUCCCAGACCGGAUCAUGAACACGUUCAGCGUGGUGCCAUCGCCCAAGGUCUCUGACACGGUGGUGGAGCCCUACAACGCCACCCUCUCCGUGCACCAGCUGGUGGAGAACACAGAUGAGACCUACUGCAUCGACAACGAGGCCUUGUACGAUAUCUGCUUCCGCACGCUCAAGCUGACCACGCCCACCUACGGAGACCUCAAUCACCUGGUGUCGGCCACCAUGAGUGGGGUGACCACUUGUUUGCGCUUCCCGGGCCAGCUCAACGCAGAUCUGCGCAAGCUGGCCGUGAACAUGGUACCCUUCCCUCGUCUCCACUUCUUCAUGCCUGGAUUCGCACCCUUGACCAGCCGUGGCAGCCAGCAGUACCGGGCCCUCACCGUCCCUGAGCUGACGCAGCAAAUGUUCGAUGCUAAGAACAUGAUGGCUGCAUGUGAUCCGAGACACGGUCGAUACCUGACAGUGGCCGCUGUCUUCCGGGGACGGAUGUCCAUGAAGGAGGUGGACGAGCAGAUGCUAAGUGUGCAAAGCAAGAACAGCAGUUACUUCGUGGAGUGGAUCCCCAACAAUGUGAAGACGGCCGUGUGUGACAUCCCGCCCCGGGGCCUGAAGAUGGCGGCCACCUUCAUCGGCAACAGCACUGCCAUCCAGGAGCUUUUCAAGCGCAUCUCUGAGCAGUUCACUGCCAUGUUCAGGCGCAAGGCCUUCCUGCACUGGUACACGGGCGAAGGCAUGGACGAGAUGGAGUUUACGGAAGCGGAGAGCAACAUGAACGACCUGGUGUCAGAGUACCAGCAGUACCAGGAUGCCACGGCUGAAGAGGGCGAGUUUGAAGAAGAGGCGGAAGAGGAGGUGGCUUAGGUCUUCCGCCAUCACUCUGCCCCUGGGGCACACCAGCAAAGCUUUGACCCUGAGCAUCCCAUGAGCAUCUUCACCUUGAGGGGCCACGCCCAGAGCCCAGGUUGCAUCUACCUGCUUUAACCUCUGAACCCCACCUUCUCUCC